GUUUUACACGUUUUGUUAUUUUGCAUAUUAUGAUGGUGUUGUAAAAUAUAAAAGCACAAGCAUAAAUCUUAUUAUACAUUGCCAUUUUCAGCAAUAUGUUUAUUUGCCACCUUAUAAAGUGCAAGAUGUGAAGCUUGAUCUUUUGGCAUGAAGGUAGGUAGAACAUGGCCCAAGACGCUGUUAGUUUCUCCUGUUGUUUCAUGGUGCUGUGAUGCACUUCUGAUAAAAUGAUUAAUUCAACCCCCAAACAUAUAAAGAUCAAAGGUUGCUGAUAUAUUUACAACUAUUACUGUGCGUGCAUGCACAUCACACAUUUUGUAAUAUUUUACAGGAUUGUAAACUAAAUCAACAUUGUAUGAGACAACAUUGCCUCAUCUGUUCUUUGUGCUCCAAAAGAGAGCACAUAGUAGCCUGCAGACAAUGUUGCUCAAACACACAAUUAAACCCAGUUUGCAUUGAGAGAUACACAUAGUGCCGUCCUAGUUAUUCAAGAGACUGUUGGCUGGAAUUUAGGUCCCCGAGGCUGUCCUUUUUAAAGUUUUCUCCUUUUUCCACAAUAUGUUUGAUCGUGUCAUAAAUCUGUGAUAAAGGCCUACAUUUUCAUAUUAGUGGCCACAGAUAAAUUAAGAGGUGUUGGCUGCUAAUAUAAAUUGCUAUGUGACAUGGUUCAGAUAAAGUCUCUGUGCGUGACAUUUUAUAAGAGUUGGAUUUAGUGGUCUUGUGUGUGAGGGGGGGGUGUACAUUACAUUUAGGCCUGAGGUGACCUGGCCUGUAAACUCUGGAGAGACACCCCACACUUCAGCAAUUGGAGCAGCGGGAGUAUAAUUAACUGGCAACAAUCUCAUCAGAGAUUCAAGUGUACAAGUCACCAGAGUACGAGUCACUAGGUUUUGAGCUCACAGUGGAGCGGCUGGUUUCCAUCGGUUACCCCCAGGAGCUGCUCAGCUUCGUCUACGACCCAUCCUUCCCCACCAGGGGCCUUGUGUUUGAUACCAUGUAUGGAAACCUGUUGAAGGUUGACGCCUACGGUAAUAUCCUGGUCUGUGUCCAUGGAUUCAACUUCCUCCGAGGCCCUGAGAUCCGUGAACGGUACCCAAACAAGUUCAUCCAGAGAGAUGAUACAGAGCGCUUUUAUAUCCUUAACACUCUCUUCAACCUGCCAGAGACCUACCUCUUUGCUUGCCUUGUUGAUUUCUUCUCCAACUGUGACAGAUACACAAGCUGUGAAACUGGCUUCAAAAAUGGCGACCUCUUCAUGUCCUAUAAGAGCAUGUUCCAGGACGUCCGCGACGCCGUCGACUGGGUCCACUUCAAGGGUACAUUGAAGGUGAAGACGGUUGAGAACUUGGAGAAAUAUGUAGUGAAAGAUGGAAAGCUGCCUCUUCUCCUCAGCAGAAUGAAUGAAGUAGCCAAGGUUUUCUUGGCUACCAACAGUGACUACAAAUACACUGAUAAAAUCAUGACCUACCUGUUUGACUUCCCACAUGGACCGAAGCCUGGUACCUCCCACCGGCCCUGGCAGUCCUACUUUGACCUGAUCCUGGUGGACGCCAGGAAGCCCCAGUUCUUUGGCGAGGGUACGGUGCUCAGACAAGUUGACACGACAACAGGACGAUUAAAGAUAGGAACCUACACAGGACCUCUGCAGCAUGGCAUAGUCUACUCUGGAGGUUCCUCAGACAUUGUGUGCGACCUGCUGGGGGCCAAGGGGAAGGACAUAGUGUACAUCGGCGACCACAUCUUUGGAGACAUCCUCAAGUCCAAGAAACGCCAAGGCUGGAGGACGUUCCUGGUUAUACCAGAGCUGGCCCAGGAGCUGCACGUGUGGACCGACAAAAGCUCAUUAUUCGAGGAACUGCAGGGCCUGGACAUUUUCUUGGCAGAACUCUACAAACAUCUGGACAGCAGCAGUAACGAGAGGCCAGACAUCAGCACUCUUCAGAGAAGAGUCAAGAAAGUGACACAUGACAUGGACAUGUGCUAUGGCAUGAUGGGUAGCCUUUUCCGCAGUGGCUCCAGACAGACCUUGUUUGCCUCUCAAGUGAUGCGUUACGCCGACUUGUACGCAGCCUCCUUCAUCAACCUGCUGUACUAUCCCUUCAGCUACCUCUUCAGAGCUGCACACGUGCUGAUGCCCCACGAGUCGACGGUGGAACACGCCCACGUGGAUAUCGACACGGAGUCGCCACUGGCCACGCGCAACCGCACCCACUGCAGCGACUGCAAGGACCUGGAGUGCAAACGCACCCAGCUGACCCGCUCCUUCAGCGAGAUCAAACCUCCCAACCUGUUCCCCCAGACUCCCCAGGAGAUCACCCACUGCCACGAUGAGGAUGAUGAUGAGGAGGAAGAGGAGGAAUAAGCUGGACAUGCAGAAGAAAGCCAGGUUCCUGAUCCUGCCUUCUCAUGUUUCCAACUAGAGUCGGUUAGUUAUCUCUCUCAAAGUGAGGCAGGGAGGAAAAACAUCUCCAGUGUGUGUGUGUGUGUGUGUGUGUGUGUGUGUGUGUGUGUGUGUGUGUAUAUAUAUAUAUCAAUACAGUAUGCACACAAAGACACACACACACACACACACACACAUACUGAAGAUUUCUGAGGAAAGGACCAGUAGCGAGACAGAUCAUAUGACUGUCAGAAGACUGUAUGCAUGCUCGGUCCUCUGAAACCCAACUAUUCCUAGCUUCAUUGUGUAAAAAAAAAAAAUAGAAGAAAAAAAAAGAAACACUUUAUGAUUUUUAAUUAAUUUAAUUGAAUUUGAUUUCUGUAUUAUUUUCUCCGUCAGACACACUUCAUUAUGUUUUAUUAAGCUGACCUGAAAGACCUGCUGGUGGAUUAAACAGACGCAGUCACAUUUUUAGUUUUAAUCUGUUUAAACUGUAUGCACAUUAUAACAAACAAAAAGCACUGUUCAGUUACGGUGUCAAAAAAAAAAAAA